GGGCAUCAAUCUCGUUCGUGUUUGCGAGAGCCGUUGUGAGCGCUGAAUAUAUAAAAAUGCGAUCCUCAACGAUCCCAAUCCCGACCCGCGAUGCGAUAGUUUGGAGAUUACUAUCUUCGCCACCUCAGUUCAACAGCACGAGGGUACCUUUGCUGCUGCUUCUAGCAGUACUGGUGUCUGACACAGUUCAUCAAAGCCCAAGUAGCUCUCCCGUCCAUGACCAGCACCGACUGCCGAGAGGGGAGCGAGGAGGGGGGGGGCUCCAGCCUUUUCGAGGCGGCCAUAACCGCGCUGAACUGGCGCACUCGAGAAGACGACCGCACGCUCGAGUUCGUGAGGGCCCUGCAGCUGGAGAGGCGCAGGAGGGAAGAGCACACGACUGACUCCAAGCUGUCGAUCCAGGAGCACCGGAAAGCUGCUAAGGAGACGCUGAAGGCCAUCCUCGGAGAUAAAUUAACGGCAAAACCACCGCCACCAGCGCCAUACCCUUCUGGUGGAGUCGAUGGCGAGU